AUAACACCUAAUUCUCUUGAUUUAGUUGCAAUUUGGUUAAAAAUACUACCAAAAAGAUGAAAAUAUUGUCCUUUUUAUUGGUACUUUUGUGUUUAUUUUCUCAAGAUUUUGUAUCAGCUCAACUUAGAAUUGGUUUUUAUAAAUCAAGUUGUCCAAAUGCUGAAUUAAUUGUGAAAAGUAUAGUGCAAAAAAGGUUUAAAAAUAAUCCUUCCAUUACAGGAGCUUUGCUUCGUCUGCAUUUUCAUGAUUGUGGUGUUCGAGGUUGUGAUGCAUCAAUAUUGAUAGAUUCCGAUCCAUCGAAGAAUCGAACAUCAGAAAAAGAUUCUGGUCCUAAUUUCACAGUGCGAGGUUAUGAAAUAAUUGAUGAAAUUAAGGAAAAACUAGAAUCUAUUUGUCCUUUAGUUGUUUCAUGUGCAGACAUUGUGUCACUAGCUACUCGAGAUUCAGUCGCUUUCGCUGGAGGCCCUAAAUAUACAAUCCCCACGGGCCGACGCGAUGGGCUCGUAUCGGACCCCUUGGAAGUGAACUUGCCCGGCCCGGCCCAACCUGUUUCAGAGAUUUUACGAUUCUUCAUAACCUUAGGCCUUAACAAAAAUGAUAUGGUGACAUUACUAGGAGCUCAUACGGUCGGAGUCGCACACUGCUUUUUUUUUCAAUCUAGGGUUUCAAAUGAGGACCCCACGAUGGAUCCUGAACUGGCUACGAGACUUUUGAAACUUUGUAACACGUCUAGCCCAACGACUACAACAUUCUUGGAUCAAAAUACGUCUUUCACAGUCGACAAUCAGUUCUACAAUCAAAUCCUGAACAAAAAAGGAAUUCUGGCGAUCGAUCAAAAACUCGCUUUCGAUAAAUUAAGUGCACCAAUUGUUUCAAGAUUUGCAACAAAUGGCAAUUUAUUUAAAAGGAGUUUUGCUAAGUCUAUGAUCAAAAUGGGAAAUAUUAAUGUUAUUGUAGGUGAUAAUGGAGAAAUUAGAAAAAAUUGUAGGGUUUUUAAUAAUCCUAAUUAAAGAGGCUAUUAUAAUUGUGAUACUUUUUGUGAGUAAAUAUUAAUUUACUCAAGAAUAUGAUUUAUUAUGUAUUAUCCAAAAUUUAUUUAAUGCCUAUUUGAAUUAGAUAAAAAAUUUGGAAGAAAGCAAAAGAAAAUUAAAGCAGAGUUAAUAGCAUUUUUGGUUCCUCGGUUAUUGAUAAA